ACAGAGAAAGGAAGCAACAAUGAAACAUACAUAUUCUGUCCUAACCAGCUAGCAGCCAGCCAGCCUCUACCCUCCCACUCCUUUCUCCCCCUUUGUCUUUUCUCAUCCCUCCUCUCACUGAAUAUAUGUAAGUAGACAAGGCGGGCUUCCUCUCUCUCAUGCUGUUCUCUUCUGCAGACAGGAACAUUAUCCCUCUGUCUCUGGAUGAGGGAACUGCAUACUGAAAGUGCUUGCAACCAACUGCUGGGACCCGAAUGAAGUGCAGCCUGUCUCCUGAAAAAUCGUCCUAUUUUUGUGGGACAUUUGCUGCAGACUAUCCAAUCAGCAUCUCUGCAUCUUUAUUUGUAAUGCUGCCUGAAGAGUAACUUGGACAUAUUUAGCUUCCUUUCUUCUUCCUCUUUAUUUUUUCCUGUGUUGCCCUUGUUGACCAGCAUGAUUUUCACCACAGCUGCUGUCCUUGGUGCCACGCUGGGCACUGCGUCAGGCAUCCUCACUCUCUGUGGGCUCUCACUGAUCUGCAGGUCCUGUAAGAAAGGCAAGCUGGAAAGUGGUGAAGAUGCAGACCUAGAGAAGGCUAAACCCAGUGUUCUGCACUCCUCAGAGCAGUUCAGUGUGGAAAAAUCCACAGAGCCCAUCCAACCAAGGACAUUGUUGAAAUUUCCCAAAAUAUACAAGCCCAAACCGUCUGUGACCUCAUCUGAGGUCAUCAGCUACCCUGAUCAUGCUUCAGAGAAGGGGGGCGAACCCUCUCCCGAGGGACCCUCGACUGAGCCUGAUGCUGGUAACCAAGCAACGGACAGCUCUGACACGUUCACGAUCCUCAGACAAGACUCAAAGGACGAAACUCCCUGUGCCAGGGAUCUUACCAAUGGGAUGACAACAAGCAGCUCCAUCUUCCACCCUAAGCUGCAUUUCUCUCUCACCUAUUAUACUGACCAGAACGAGCUACAUAUCACCGUGAUAGAAGCGGAGCAUUUGUGUGUGGGGUCGGGCUGUGAGGGCUAUGUGGCCGGAGUCCUGACCUUUGCAGCAGGACAGAGGGAGGCCCAGACCUCGUCGCGACGCCUGACCAACCACACCCGCUGGGAGGAAGGAUUGGUGUUCUCUCUGCCAGGAGGGUAUGAGGUGGAGGGCGAAGUGGCUCUCUCCCUGCACAGUUGUGACCGCUUCUCCCAGAACACCAACCUCGGCGUUAUGAGGUUCAAGCUGGUUGAUGUGGGCAUGAUGUCCAACGCAGACUGCUGGGUCGACCUUCAACCACCAAAACAGGAUGUCCAGUCAGCUGGAGAGCUCCUGCUGUCAAUAAGUUACCUGCCUGCAGCCAACCGGCUGGGAGUAGUGGUGAUGAAGGCUAGAGGACUACAGUCGGACAAGCUGAAGGACUCCAUAGACCUGUCUGUGAAACUGGCCCUGAAGCACCAGACUACCAAGCUGAAGAAGAAGCAGACGCGACGGGUCAAGCACAAGAUGAACCCAGUGUGGAAUGAGAUGAUGAUGCUGGAGGUUCCCCGUGAGCUGCUAUCUAAAUCCAGUCUGGACUUGGAGGUGUUAAAUCAGGCAGGUCCUGGUGAGCAGGAGUCCCUGGGCCGCUGUCAGCUGGGUUUACAUGCCUCUAAUACUGGCCUCCAACACUGGCAGCAGAUGCUAGACAACCCCCGUAAGCAGAUCGCCAUGUGGCACCCACUGUAUGAUUAAGAUAACCACCUGUCCGCUUUGCCAUUCCAAAUACCCAAAUAGUAUACCACACAUAAAAAUGUAACCAUACAAGGCUGGACUGAGUAAUUCCGGAUCCUGCCUACCUGGAUCAGGAUUUAAGAGCCUAAAUCUAUGUAUCCACUUAUAUGGAAAUGGAAAUAUAUAUGGAAAUUAUAUGGAAAUUAUCCCAUUGCCUGCCAUUAUUUAUCCCACAGCAUCCUAUAACAUGUCAACAAUAGCAUACACCGAACUAACAUAUCACUGGAUAUCACAGAAUUUCCCAAGAUUUCCAACUAUGAACACAUUUGAUAUAUUCAACGAAACUCAUCAAUGCAAUGUAAUACUUGUAGUACCUAUACUUAACCACCUCUAUGAUCUGUUUUUAUAGCUGAACAGAAUAAACAUGAUAAGUCAUGUCGGUGUUUCUGUGAUAUGGGGGAUUAUGUGUAUGGUCUGUAAUGAUAUGAUUAACACAAGUGAAUUAUUCUACAGUAGAGCUGUCAUUGUAUUUGUAAAGUGAUGUAUUCACACACAUGGAAAGCAAUGGAGAAAAUGCGCCGAGCAGAAAGUAAAAAGCCUGCCAAUAUUGAAUGGAUCAGAGAUUCAAAAGCCCUGUGAUGGAAUUACAGGCGACUAUACAUUUUAAAGUUGAUCUCAUUACACAGGGCCUAAAAACGGCAGCUAAAGUUAUAGAAAUUAUGUAUUAAAAAAAUCAUGCAGUGUUUAAUCAGGUAAUAUACGGUAUUUGUCAUUUUUAUGAAUAUGCACAGCUGUAUUUUAUCUUUGGAGAAUUACGAGAGUUGUUACACAUGUUAUAUUCAAAGUAGUUCAAUACAACUAUCAACUUAUCCCAUUUCACACCUGUUUCCAUUCAACCCACUUUGCUUCAGUUAUUAUGUACAAAAGGUAUUUUUCUCCAGUGUAGUAUUGCUUGUACAUAGCUUUUGUUAAGUGAAGUGCUAUAGAAUGAGCCAGUGAGAAACAUACUGUGUAAUUUGAAACUUUACAUACGGACACACAACGUGUGUGAAAAUAAAAAAAGCUACCUGCAC